AUGUUUGGGAGAAUCAAUGAGCAAGGCUCUAAUACAAGUGGAUUCACCUUUUUAUCAAAUACUUCACAACCAACAACUACUCAACCAUUUAGCUUCGGUUUUGCAGAUUCUGAUGAUGGGGACGAGUCACCACUAUCAGCCACUACAGAAAUAGACUUUGCAACAACCAAUGGAGCAUCUAGUCAAACUGGUACUACUUCUGGUGGAUUCAACUUUGGAUUCACUCCAUCACAACCAGCAACCACUACUCAAACUGGAUUCAAUUUUGGAACAACUGCAGAAACAUCCAAUUCUACACAAUCUUCACUUGUUGGCAAUUCAACAACUCAAUCUCAAACAAGUAAUUUCAGUUUUGGAGCAAAAACACAACCACCAUCACAACUAGCCAUUACUUCUACUGGAUUUGCCUUUGGUACUACUCAAUCAAAACAAAGUGGAUUAACCCCUUUUAGUACAGCAAAUACUGAGCCAACAGUUCGUUUCUCUUUUGGACCCACCAAUCUUUAUGGCUUUAUAACCAUUCCAAAAUAUGGUGGUUAUCAAAGUAAUGAUUUCCAUGAUUUAAAUAUUGAAAUUUAUGAUGAAAAUGGACUUUUUACUACAAUCAAGACUCAUAGAAUCAAAGUUGGACUAAAUGAUGGAUUAUUAUCUCAAUUGGUAAGGGCUUGUACCAAGAAAAAUGACAUGUUUACCUUAGAAUUAGCAACAUCUUUCAUUCCAGAAACAAAGUUUGGAAGAAUCAAAGCCAUUGCUUUACAACAUGCUAUCAGUUCCUAUAUUGAAUCAUCCAAGGUAAAGGCAGAAGAUAUUUUCCAAGUUAUGCUUGUUAUGGAUUACUUUGGCAUUCCAACAUUCCAACCCUUAGUCUCUCACCUUGAGUCAACCUUUAAAGAUUCUGAAUUCUGUGCUCGUGCUUAUCUCGGAAGUUUCAACAAUUUCUUUUCGACCUAUUCGCUCCCUCAAUCUUCUUCCUUCUUUUCCUUAUUUAGAACUGCAUUCAACAUUUUAGUAAAUGGAAAGGAGCUCGAAAAUCGAACAGCUAUCAAAGAAUUGAACAGACAAUUAUUUGAAACUCAACUCAAAAAGUCGGUCACUGCAACAGAGUUACCACAUAUUUUGAGUGCUAUUGAAGUUUGGAUUUUACAUAACUUUUCUUCGUUGAAUGAGACACUGUCCUAUCAAAUUUGCAGUGUACUGGACAAUCUCCAAAUCAAUCAAAUCCAAACCAUUGUAAUGAUGAUUCAGUUACUAACUUGUAAUUCUCCACAAUUUUAUUUUAUUAACUCAAUUAGUCCAGAAUGGAAAUUGAAACUCAUUAACAAGUAUGCUAGUUGCCAGCCAGUCCAACCACAAACUCAAUCAACUCCAAUACAACCACAACCACAACCACAACCACCAACUCAACAAACUCCACCAGUACAACCUCCGAAGCAAAAUUUCAACCCUCCUCCACAACAAUACAUUCUACAAACCCCUGGCAAGGGAUUUUAA